UUUCGGACGGCCUUCGUGGAAGGUCAAUGGGGGCAAGUACUUCGAAUAUACUUGAUCAGUCCGAGGUUGAGGAAAUCGCAGAAGAAACUGGGUUUUCUCCAAAACAGAUUUAUCGAUUGUACAACAGAUAUUUGGCUUUGGACAAGACGAACGCCGGGUACUUGAGGCGUCAUGAUUUUCUGUUAAUUCCAGAAUUAGCCAUUAAUCCACUUGGCGAUCGAAUCGUGAAUGAAUUUUUUAAAGAUAGUCAAGGUGAAUUGAAUUUUCGUCAAUUUGUACGUAAACUAGCAAGAUUUCGUAAAGUUCGACCACAACAAUCUACUCAAUUUAAUAAUCGUGAUGCAAAAUUACGCUUUCUGUUCGGUAUGUAUGAUUUAGAUAUGGAUGGUAAAAUAUCAAGAAAUGAAUUAUUGGGAAUGUUACAAAUGAUGGUCGGUGCUAAUAUUACUGUUGAACAGAUCAAUAAUAUCGGUGAACGAACGAUGGCUGAAGCGGAUCUUGAUGGUGAUUGCUAUAUAUCGUAUGCGGAAUUUGUACAAGCAUUUGAUAAUGUGGAUAUUGAACAAAAGAUGAGUAUACGCUUUUUGGAAUGAUUACAUUAAUCGAUUUAUAUAACUAUCUCUAUGCCCCCUCACCCGCUCUGUUUUUUCUAUACACAACCACAAAAAUUAUUCGCAACAAUUCCAACUAUAUCAACAAAAUCACUUCUUAUUCUCCUUAACUAUUUCGUUUUCAUUAAUGAUUUUGUUGUCAUUCAAUUUUCUUUUCUAUGUUCACUUGAUUUACAUAACGCUCAAUUGUUCACGUACAUAAAUAUUAUUAUCUUGAUCUGAUGAUCAACGUUUUAGUUUCUUCUUUUUUUGGAAUAGUUCGUUAUGUGUAUGUUACUACACUUGUUAAUUAUUCUCCUGUGAACACACAUGGAGAAAGGCAGGCAUGAGAUUACAUGCAUACCUAUACAUAUCUCUUGUGUGAGAUCAUUCUACAUGAUAUAAUUUUGUAAAAACAAUAGUUUUAUGUUUAUCUACUUAUUUACAUUUCAGUAGUAUAUUUUGUGUAUUCCGAUUUUCAACGCCAAUAUCUACUUUUCACUUUCUGUAACAGUGAUUUUUUUUCCAAAAGAUCUUGAUGAUUAUGUUUUUGGUUAUUAUUAUUAUUAUUGUUAAUUCUUAUUGCAAUAAUUGGAUCUGAUUUAAAAUUACCACUAUUUAUAUGUUUAGUAUUCACUAAAGUUGAUAAUUAUAUGAAUAUAUUAAUUCAAUAUGCUUAGAAUAAAUAUAGAAGUUAAUAAACAAACAGAUUUAUUAUAACUGAUGUCAAACAUCUACAAUUUAGCUGGUUGCUUUUAUUGAUAUUUUCUCUAAUCUAUAUGGUUUAAUUGUGAAGAUUUAUCAGUUGUCCUUCUGGACAACAUUAUCUGCUGCUGUAUUAUGUGGUUGUGAAUUAUUCAGUUAUUCCACAAGCUUUUAAUUGUGUGGUUUAUGAUUGAUUAUCUUUAUGGGUCAUUUCGUCUUCAUUUAUUCUUGCAUUUCUAUUGAAUAUGUUUUUUUCUUGGUUGACCUCUGAUCAUGUAGUUAGUCUAUGUCUUUCACUUGGAUUGAUGUCGAUGUCUGUUGAUGGCCAAUUGAUCUGAAUGUUAUACAUGUGGAAGUUCUCUAAUAUUUUUAGAAUUUCGACGUUUUCCCAACCGAAUUCAUGUUCGUGGUUUUAUAUAUGUUUUGAUAUUAUUGAUGAUGUAUAAUAUUGAAUCACUUGUAAUCUAUGUUCAAGGUAUGCAUAAGGAAAGAAAACGUCUACUUUUUCAGUCGUACUACUGAUAUUCUGAUUACUCAGUUUUCUGUGUUCACGUCUACAUAAGUAGAAUGGAUUAUAAGCAACAGAUAUUAAUGUAAUUUCAAAAUGACUGUCGAUUAUAUUGUCAUCCAAUUAUCCUGGUUUUUUCUUUUAGUAGUUCCAAUUCUUGCUGUAAUCGAUACAUCUAACUUGAAAAAAAUAACUAGAAAUUUCC